AUGUCCCGCCGCUGCGCGCUGCUUGCCUGGGCUUUCCUCGGCCUCCUUCGACUCGGAGCGGCUCAGGAGACAGAAGACCCGGCCUGCUGCAGCCCCAUAGUGCCCCGGAACGAGUGGAGGGCCCUGGCAUCACAGUGCGCCCAGCGCCUGAGCCUGCCCUUACGCUAUGUGGUGGUGUCGCACACGGCGGGCAGCAGCUGCGACACCCCAGCCUCGUGCCAGCAGCAGGCCCGGAAUGUGCAGCACUACCACAUGAAGACACAGGGCUGGUGCGACGUGGGCUACAACUUCCUGAUUGGAGAAGACGGGCUCGUAUACGAGGGCCGUGGCUGGAACUUCAUGGGUGCCCACUCAGGUCACUUAUGGAACCCCAUGUCCAUUGGCAUCAGCUUCAUGGGAAACUACAUGGAUCGGGUGCCCCCACCCCAGGCCAUCCGGGCAGCCCAGAGUCUAUUGGCCUGCGGUGUGGCUCAGGGAGCCCUGAGGUCCAACUAUGUGCUCAAAGGACACCGGGAUGUGCAGCGUACACUCUCUCCAGGCAACCAGCUCUACAACCUCAUCCAGAAUUGGCCACACUACCGCUCCCCCUGA